AUGGGGAUCUCCACGGUCAUCCUCGCAACAUGUCUUUUAUGGGGUCAAGUUCUCUCUGCAGGUACAGAUUCAGAUUUCCUAACUGGAAGCCACAGGGCAGAGGGUGCCGAGACCAAGGCCUUCCGCUGUGUCAAUGCAGGUUUGCCACUGAGGCUGGUGGAUGGCGGUGACCGGUGUCAGGGCCGGGUGGAGGUCCUGUACCAAGGCCACUGGGGCACCGUGUGUGAUGACGGCUGGGACAUCCAGGAUGCAGAGGUUGCCUGUCGGCAGCUGGGCUGCGGCCGGGCCAUGUCGGCCCUGGGUGGGGCUCACUUUGGUCAGGGCUCGGGAAAUAUCCUCCUGGGUGCUGUGUACUGCUCGGGAUGGGAGCCCUACCUGUCAAGCUGCCGCCACGAUGGCUGGUACAACCAUGAAUGUGGCCACAGGGAGGACGCCGGAGUCAUUUGCUCAGGUUCCAGUUUGGCACUGAGGCUGGUGAACGGAGGAGGCCGGUGUCAGGGCCGCGUGGAGAUCCUGUACCAGGGGUCCUGGGGCACCGUGUGUGAUGACAGCUGGGACACCAAUGAUGCCAACGUGGUCUGCAGGCAGCUGGGCUGUGGCUAUGCCCUGUCGGCUCCGGGGAAUGCCCGGUUUGGUCAGGGCUCAGGACCCAUUGUCUUGGAUGAUGUGGCCUGCUCAGGGCACGAGUCGUACCUGUGGAAUUGUAACCACCGGGGCUGGCUCUCCCAUAACUGUGGACACCAGGAAGAUGCUGGAGUCGUCUGCUCAGGUGGGUCCCCAAACCUACCAGGUCCCUCUCAUCAAGAGUGGAUUUUCAUCAACCAGACCACCAUCUCUCCAGAUACUGCACUGAAUGUGAAGCUGAUGAAUGGGAGUGGCUGGUGUGAAGGCCGGGUGGAGAUCCUGUACCAGGGGGCAUGGGGCAUCCUGUGUGAUGACAGAUGGGACACUAGUGAUGACAACAUGGUGUGCAGGCAGCUGGGCUGUGGCUCAGCUACCUCAGCCCCAGCAAAUGCCCCGUGUGGUCAGGGCUCAGGGCCGGUUGUGCUGGAUGAUGUGUGCUGCUUGGGAAGUGAAUCCUACCAGGAUAACUGGCUCUCUCACAACCGCAGACACCAUGCAGACACAGGUGUCAUCUGCACAAGUGGGCCUCCAAGAUCCCUUCCUGACCCUGAUAAGCUGCACAGAAUCAGAUUAAGUAGGAACCCUGUGUCUUCUCCAGCAGGAGAUUCUGGUUUGGCGCUGAGGCUGGUGAACGGAGGAGACCGGUGUCAGGGCCGCGUGGAGAUCCUGUACCAGGGGUCCUGGGGCACCGUGUGUGAUGACAGCUGGGACACCAAUGAUGCCAACGUGGUCUGCAGGCAGCUGGGCUGUGGCUAUGCCCUGUCGGCUCCGGGGAAUGCCCGGUUUGGUCAGGGCUCAGGACCCAUUGUCUUGGAUGAUGUGGCCUGCUCAGGGCACGAGUCGUACCUGUGGAAUUGUAACCACCGGGGCUGGCUCUCCCAUAACUGUGGACACCAGGAAGAUGCUGGAGUCGUCUGCUCAGGCCCAGAGGAGUGGCUUGUUGUGCAGCUGGUGGAAGGUUCUGGACGGUGUUCUGGCUGAGUGGAGGUGUAUUUUGAAGGCGUGUGGAGCACAGUGUAUGAUGACCUGUGGGACAAGAUGGAUGUGCGGGUCGUGUGCCAGCAGCUGGGCUGUGGGGCAGCCGUCUCCCCCUCUGGAGAGGCCCACUUUGGCCAGGACUCUAGCUCCAUUCUUCUGGACGAUGUGCAGUGCUCUGGGACUGAGGUGUGCUCCCUCACGGGCUGGCUCACCCACAGCUGUGGACACUGAGAAGACACUGGUACUCUGAAGCUGGAUUCUAAUCUGCGGGCCAGCGAGGGCGGGUCUCUCCACGAACGGUCCCCGGAGCCGUCCAUGCGGGUGUGCGGCCCUGCGGGUCGGGCAGGUGCUCAGGUCGGCAGGUGCUCGGGCGAGUGCGAGGCUCCUUGCUCGGUCGGUGGGGCGGGUGUGCCACCCCCAGUGGGACCAGCGCGGCGCGAGGUGAUGAGCCGGCAGCUGCGCUGCGGCCGCGCCUCGCUGCCCCAGCCCGGGCCCGGGUGGGUUCGAGACCGGCCCGGGCCGGUUCCUUUGGACGGCGUGGACUGUGUCGGCAGCGAGGCACUCUGUGACAGUGUGCGCAUGCGGGCUGGCACGUGCAUGCCUGCGGCCCCCGCCAAGACGCAGGGCGUCAUCGGCGCAGGGGAGGCCCCCAGGUCACGGCUGAGGUCAUGGGACACCACCGAACUCUCAGCCCCUCUCCUGGCAGAGAAUGUUGAAGAAUCACUGCCAAUGCAUCAAGGCCUACCCAUGGCUGACUCACUAUCUGCCAGCGGUGGAGGCAAUUCACCAAAGCUCAGAUCCCCAGGAGCCUGGCUGGAGGUGAGGCUGGUGAAUGGCACAGGGAAGUGCUCAGGUCGUGUGGAGGUCCUCUUCCAGGACACGUGGGGGACGGUGUGCAGUGACCUCUGGGACCUUACUGAGGCCACCGUAGUGUGCCGCCAGCUGCAAUGUGGCCAGGCAGUGUCCGCCCCCAGGGGGGCCCACUUUGGAGCAGGCUCUGGGAAGAUCCUGCUGGAUGAUGUGCAGUGUGUGGGCAUGGAAAGUCACCUGGGGCAGUGCACGCAUGGAGAGCAGGCCGAGCCCAACUGUGGGCACCUGGAGGAUGCCGGAGUCAUCUGUGCAGAACUCCAAAAGAACCUGCCUCCCACAUCUUCUGUGCUAUCAGUGGCUGAACACUCACCUUCUACUGCACCGCCAGGAGGCCCGGCCCCUGUGCGGCUGGUGGGCACCCACACACAUUGUGCAGGUCGUGUGGAGCUUUUUUACCAAGGAGUCUGGGGGACCGUGUGCGAUGACCUCUGGGACCUUCCACAAGCACACGUCAUCUGCAGGCAGCUGGGGUGUGGCUCGGCCAUUUCUGCUCUUGGUGAAGCCCACUUUGGGGAAGGUUCUGGAAAGAUCGUCCUGGACAAUGUGCACUGCCACGGACACGAGGAGCACCUGGAGGAAUGUGCCCACAUUGGGCUGUUCUCCCACAACUGUGAUCAUGGUGAAGACGCCAGUGUGGUCUGUUCAGAUGCUGACUAUCCCAUGGACGACCUCCAAGGUAGGAGAGGCGACAUGAAUAACCUCGACUGUACCAAUGAGUACUUUGAAGUCCUGGAUGGCCCCCCCUCCUCUACGAAGUCCCUGGGGAGGACCUGCUCUGGCUACUACCUCACCUUCUCAUCCUCCUCCAACUUAAUGACCCUUGUGUACUUCCGAAGCUUCAACAACAUAGGGAAAGUUUUUAUGGCUUACUAUUAUUCUGCAGCCAAAGGGGACUGGCCAGAGCUGCGGUUGGUGGGGGGCUCCAGCCGGUGCUCAGGCCGUGUGGAGGUCCUCUACCAGGGGGCCUGGGGCACCGUGUGUGAUGACCUGUGGGACCUGAAUGAAGCUGAGGUUGUGUGCCGCCAGCUGGGGUGUGGUCGGGCCCUGUCCGCUCUUGGGAAAGCCUACUUCGGCGAAGGCUCUGGAGACAUCUUCCUGGAUAACCUCCAGUGUGCUGGAAUGGAACGCUUCCUGGGCCAGUGUGCCCACUCAGGCUGGUUGGAGCACAACUGCGGUCACCAUGAGGAUGCUGGAGUCAUCUGCUCAGGUAACCUCUCCCCAAUUUGGGCAACCUCCCAGUCUGGGCCUGCUGGACCCCAGACUGGCCUCUAGCUCCGGCUGGUGGAUGGCCCUGGCCGGUGCUCGGGUCGCGUUGAGGUCCUUCAUCAGGGGGCCUGGGGCACCGUGUGUGACGAUCUCUGGGACCUGAAAGAAGCUGAGGUUGUGUGCCGCCAGCUGGGGUGUGGUACGGCUAUUUCUGGCCCUGGUGAGGCCUACUUUGGCCCAGGUUCCGGAGACAUCUUCCUGGACAACUUCCAGUGCUUUGGGAUAGAGCAGUACCUGGGCCAGUGUGCCCACUCAGACUGGUUGGAGCACAACUGCGGCCACCACGAGGAUGCCAGUGUCAUCUGCUCAGGUAGACAAAAGCCCCGGGGAAGCCCUGAGAGAUGUUACUCCUUACAUAAAUCCCUUCUCUGUUUAGAAAAUGAGCCAGCACUGCGCCUGGUGGGGGGCUCCAGUCGGUGCUCAGGCCGUGUGGAGGUCCUCCAUCAGGGGGCCUGGGGCACCGUGUGUGAUGACCUGUGGGACAUGAAUGAAGCCGCAGUUGUGUGCAGACAGCUGGGCUGUGGACCCGCCAUUGCUGCUCUGGGAAAGGCCUCCUUUGGCCCAGGCUCUGGAGACAUCCUCCUAGACAACAUCCAGUGUUCCGGAAGUGAGAACCACCUCGGUCAGUGCCCCAGCGCUAGCUGGUCAGACCAUAACUGUGACCACCAUGAGGAUGCUGGCGUUGUCUGCUCAGGUAUCCCCUCCUCUCGUCUGGCCCUGCGGCUGGCGAAUGGUAGCCACAGGUGUGAGGGCCGAGUGGAAGUCUCCUACAACGGCACCUGGGGCACCGUCUGCGAUGACAGCUGGGACCUGGCAGAUGCCGAGGUGGUGUGUGAGCAGCUGGGCUGCGGGGAAGCCAUGGCAGCCCCGACUCAGAGCUACUUUAACGGAGGAACGGGCCGCAUCCUGCUGGAUGAUGUGCGGUGCACGGGGAAGGAAGCCAAGGUGUGGCAGUGCACGCACAACGGAUGGUUCUCCCACAACUGCGGGCACCACGAGGACGCCAGCGUCAUCUGCUCAGGUGAGCGCUGCGGGCACACAGCUCCCCGGGGGGAGGGCCGGCUCCCCAGCAGAGGCCUCCAUGCUAGCCCACGGUAUCAAUGCCAGUCCAAGCAGAGGACCAACAGAAUGGAAAAUUUCUAUGGCUGUCCCUAUGACUUCAUUGAAAUCUUUGAUGGCCCACAAAGUGAAUCUUUUUCACUGGGACGAUUCUGCUCAGAAACAACCCCGAUAUUUACCUCCUCAUCAAACCAGAUGACCGUGGUGUUCCACAGUGAUGAAAUCGUCACCAACAUUGGCUUCUAUGCAUCUUAUGAGGCUCUGAUACAGGAUGACACUGUGGGCCUCAGGCUGGCCGACGGCAGCCAUGCCUGUGAGGGCCGCGUGGAGCUGCACUACAACGGCAGCUGGGGCACCGUGUGUGACGACGCGUGGGACCUGAGGGACGCCCGGGUGGUGUGCAGGCAGCUGGGCUGUGGCGGAGCCCUGGCGGCCCUCGGGCGGGCACAUUUCGAGCGAGGCGUGGGCCCCAUCGCCCUGGACGACGUGGAGUGCGCGGGGACAGAAGGCCGGCUGUGGCAGUGUCUGCACGGGGGCUGGUUCUCCCACAACUGUGGCCACCACGAAGAUGCGGGCGUCAUCUGCACAGGUCUGGGCGUGCGGCUGGUGAAUGGGGCAAGCAGCUGUGAGGGCCGAGUGGAGGUCUUCCAUGACGGCACUUGGGGCACCGUGUGCGAUGACGGCUGGUCCAUAGAGGACGCUCACGUGGUCUGCAGACAGCUGGGCUGUGGGCCAGCCUUGUCUGCCCUCCCGGGGGCCAGCUUCCGCCCGGGGUCAGGAAGAAUCCUCCUCGAUGACGUCAACUGCACAGGCAGUGAGCCUUCCCUGGCUCUGUGUCCUCACGGCGGCUGGCUCACCCACAACUGCGGGCACCAGGAAGACGCCGGUGUCAUCUGCACAGGUUCUGAGGCUGUUGAACCUCCACAAGAAGAAAAUACCUCAGCAGAAGAGGAAAAUACUUCCACAGAAGAGGACAAGGAGAAUACCUCAGCAGAAGAGGAAAAUACUUCAGCAGAAAAGGAAAAUACUUCAGCAGAAGAGGACGAGAACAUUACCUCAGCAGAAGAGGAAAAUACCUCAGCAGGAAAGAAAAAUACUUCAGCAGAAAAGGAAAAUACUUCCACAAAAGAGGAAAAUACUUCUGCAGAAGAGGACAAAGAUAAUACUUCAGCCAAGGAGGAAAAUACCUCAUCAGGAAAGAAAAAUACUUCAGCAGAAGAGGAAAAUACUUCAUCCGAAGAGGACAAUACCUCAGCAGAAGAGAAAAAUACCUCAGCAGAAGAGGAUGAGGACAAUACCUCAGCUGAAGAGGAAAAUACUUCAGCAAAAGAGGAAAAUACCUCAACAGAAGAGAAAAAUACUUCAGCAGACAAGGAAAAUACUUCAGCAGGACGGAAAAAUACUUCAACAAAAGAGGAUGAGAACAAUACCUCAGCAGAAGAGGACAAUACCUCAGCAGAAGAGGGCAGUCCCCCUGGCCGGCCGCUGCGCCUGGUGGGCGGCCGCAGUCGCUGCGAGGGCCGGCUGGAGGUGCGCUACCGGGGCCAGUGGGGCACCGUGUGCGACGACCACUGGGGCAUCAAGAACGCCUUUGUGGUGUGCCGCCUCCUGGGCUGCGGCCGUGCCCUGCGCGCCCCAGGCCGCGCCCACUUCGGCCCGGGCACCGGGCUCAUCCUGCUGGACGACGUGCGCUGCUCCGGCUCCGAGGCCGCGCUGGACCGCUGUGCCCACCCGGGCUGGGCGCGGCACAACUGUGGGCACCAGGAGGACGCCAGCGUGAUCUGCGCAGGUCCGGAGGACUCUGUUGUACCCAAGGACAAUGCCCAGCUUUCCUGCCUACCUCACCGCUUCCAAGCUGUCGUGGAUCGAGGCUAUCUGCGAAGACUGGGCUACUCUUCCUGGGAUCUUCACUUAAACGAUAACGCGUGUCGCCCCCAUGUCACAGGACGCUACCUGAUCUUUAACAUUCCCUACGGCCGCUGCGGCACUGUCCAGCAGGAACACCGUGGCUCGCUCAGCUACUCCAACUCCAUCAGAGGCCGAGGGCGGGAUCACCCUGGCCGCGUCAUCGUGAGACACAAGGUGCCCCACCUGAAGUUCACCUGCAGAGUGGAUGGCCCAUCCACGGGUGAAGCUGGCGCCCGGGCAGAGGAUGCCGGCUAUGAAGUGUCCAUUUCAUUCAUCCAGUCACCUGCAUCCCCGCGGGGGAAAGGCAUGGCACCUUAUUAUGCCGGUCAGGGGGAAGAGGUGUUCCUUGAGGCUACGCUCCAGAGCACAGAUCCCAACCUGAGGCUCUCCGUGGACACGUGUGUGGCUUCUCCCAAUGCCAGUGAUUUCACAACCAACACAUACGAUCUGAUCCGGCAAGGGUGCAUCAAAGACAAUACCUACACCAACCUGCACUCCGCCAAGAAGAAUGUGGCCCAGUUCAAGUUCAAUGCCUUCAGCAUUCUCGACAGCUACGAAGUGAUCUAUCUGCAGUGUAAGAUUGCUGUGUGCAGAGAGGGAGACUACUCUUCUCGGUGUUCUCAAGGAUGUACAGAGCGCAGGAGGAGAGGUGCAGGCCCUGUGGAGGCCAAGGAAGAACAGACUGAGUAUUUCCAAAUGGUGGGGCCACUGGAGGUCCCCAGAGCGUCUGCUUACAGCAAGACCCUGGUGUGAUUUUUUCCCCAGCUGUCAUGUGAAUCUGCCAGAAACUAGGAACCCAAAUCUAUUUCUUUCAGGGAAAUACUGACUAAUGAAUCAAAAGUUAUUCAUGUAGAGCCUGGCUAAAGAAAGAUAGUAGCUUUCUUUCCUGAGGUUUGUUACUAAAUCUUUUCUGAUUACUGAACUUUUAAAGCGGUUACUCUCUUGGUAGCUAAAAAUGUUGAUUUUCUAAUUCCUCACUUCAAGAACUUGAUCAUUGUCUUACUGUGUGUAAAUAUUAGAAAAAGCAGGAUUGUCUCCCUCUAAUCCAUAGUCAAUUUAAUUAUUCUUGUUUUUAAGUUGGUAUCUUAUUAUCCAUGCUUUUCUGUAAGCAUGCUUUUCUGUCCCUCUGGUGUUGUGAGAAUUUAUUUUGAGAUCUUGCUAAGGGUCCUGCAGUAAUAAUAAUAAUAAUAAACAACUUUAAUGUCUGU